AUGGCCACCGGAACCAGACGCAACCCCCUUCCUCAAGGGUUCUACGUCCCCACCGUGGCUUUCUUCAAGCCAGACGAGGAGGUCGACUUAGAAACCACAGCAAAGCAUGCAGUCUUCCUAGCCCGCAGCGGGGUGACUGGUCUGGUGACCCAGGGUAGCAACGGUGAAGCAGUGCACUUGGACCGUGAAGAGCGCAAAGUCAUCACAGCUGCUACUCGCCAGGCCGUGGAUGCCGCUGGCUUCACCACGUUGCCCGUGAUUGCCGGUGUUGGUGCGCCUUCCACGCGCGAGACCAUCCAGUUCUCCAAGGAUGCGGCCGAUAGUGGCGCAGACGCGGUUCUGGUGCUGCCUCCCAGCUACUACAAGGGCUUGGUGAGCACCGAGGCUUUGCAUGCCCACAUCCUGGCUGUCGCUGAUGCUUCUCCAAUCCCUGUGCUCAUCUAUAACUUCCCUGGUGCCUCCGCAGGCCUCGAUCUUUCGUCCGACGACAUCCUGGCCCUGUCUAAGCAUGACAACAUCAUCGGCACCAAGCUGACCUGUGGAAACACCGGCAAGCUGGCGCGCGUUGCGGCUUCCGCAAAACCAGGAUUCUUGACCUUUGGUGGCUCUGCGGAUUUCACUCUACAGACUCUGAUUGCCGGCGGUGCUGGUAUCAUCGGUGGCCUGGGUAAUGUGAUCCCUCGGUCAUGUGUCCGUGUGGGGGAGCUGUACCGUAAUGGAAAGGUGGAGGAGGCGCAGAAACUGCAGGCGGUUGUUGCCCGUGCGGACUGGGCUGCCAUUCACGGUGGAUUCGUUGCUGUGAAGAGCGCCUUGCAAACCUACUACGGUUAUGGCCUGCCACCUCGGCGUCCUACCGUUUCUCCCUCUGCGGAGUCUGCUGCGGCCAUUAAGGAGGAGUUCCGCGAGAGUAUGGAGGUCGAGAAGUCGUUGGAGAAGGUUUAA